CUGUGGCUCAGUAAAUGUUGAGUGAAUGAAUGAAUGAAAGUGGAGGAGGCUUUGAGAGGGUUCAAGAUUUAAUUUUGAGGUGGGUGUGGUGGCACAUGCCUGUAAUUCCAGCGCUGUGGGAGGCUGAGUCAGGAGGACUGUACAUUUGGAUUGUCAGUUUGGAUCUCCAACCUGAACAGUUUGGCAAGUUAAUGAGACUCUGUCCGAAAAUUUCACAAAGGGCUGGGAAUAUAGCUCAGUGUUAAGGUGAGAGUGUGAAGGUUUAACUGGGGAUUGGAUUCAGGGCCUGGCAGAUGCUAGGCAAGUGAGCCACAAUCUCAGCUCAGGUAAACAUGCAUAUAUAGAUCACCAGCAGAUAGACGUUAUUUUAAGCAAUGGGGUCCAUAAGUUUACAGAUGAGAAUGUGUGGAGUUAGAGGGGAAAAGGGCCGGGACUAAGCAGAAACCUCCACAUGUAGGUGUCAGGAGGGAACAGAGAGGUGGAGGGAACUCAGGAAUGUGGGGUUAAGGAAGGACAAAGGUGAGGAGGUUCACAGAAGAGGGAAAUCACUGUGCCACCGUGCUGUUAGAAGAUAAAGACAGACAUAGCAAAGGAGGAAUGAUCCUGAAUAGCCUUUCUCUAUGCUACCAGAACAAACUCAUCUUAGCCCCUAUGGUUCGGGUGGGGACUCUCCCAAUGCGGCUGCUGGCUCUGGAUUAUGGAGCGGACAUUGUUUACUGUGAGGAGCUGAUUGACCUCAAGAUGCUUCAGUGCAAAAGAGUUGUCAAUGAGUUGCUCAGCACAAUCGACUUUGUUGCCCCUGAUGAUCGAGUAGUCUUCCGUACCUGUGCAAAAGAGCAGAACAGGGUGGUCUUUCAGAUGGGCACUUCAGAUGCAGAGCGAGCCCUUGCUGUGGCCAGGCUUGUAGAAAAUGAUGUAGCUGGUAUUGAUGUCAACAUGGGCUGUCCAAAAGAAUAUUCCACCAAGACAGGAUGUCACUAUGUAGCCCAGGCUGUCCUUGAAUGCAAUGACCCUACUGCCUUAGCCUCUCUAGUAUUGGAAUUACAGGGAGGAAUGGGAGCGGCUCUGUUGUCAGACCCUGACAAGAUUGAGAAGAUCCUCAGCACGCUUGUCAGAGGGACGCGCAGACCUGUGACCUGCAAGAUUCGCAUCCUACCAUCGCUAGAAGAUACCCUGAGUCUUGUAAAGAGGAUAGAGAGGACUGGCAUUGCUGCCAUUGCAGUUCAUGGGAGGAAACGUGAGGAACGGCCUCAGCACCCUGUCAGCUGUGAAGUCAUCAAAGCCAUUGCUGAAACCCUGUCUAUUCCUGUCAUAGCCAAUGGAGGCUCUCACGAUCACAUCCAGCAGCAUUCGGACAUAGAGAACUUCCGACAAGCCACAGCUGCCUCUUCAGUGAUGGUGGCCCGAUCAGCCAUGUGGAACCCAUCUAUCUUUCUCAGGGAUGGGCUGCGUCCCCUGGAAGAGGUCAUGCAGAAGUACAUCAGAUAUGCAGUGCAGUAUGACAACCACUACACCAACACCAAGUACUGUUUGUGUCAGAUGCUACGCGAACAGUUGGAGUCGCCCCAGGGAAGGUUGCUCCAUGCCGCCCAGUCUUCCCAGGAAAUUUGUGAGGCCUUUGGCCUUGAUACCUUCUACAAGGAGAUCACACAGGAGUUAGAUGCCCGGAGGGCUGAACUCUUGACCAAGACUCCAGAAGACGUUGAGGAGCCAGCUGAAGACACCUCUGGUGUUAUUAAGAUGGCUGUCAAGUUUGAUCGGAGAGCAUACCCACCCCAAAUAACCCCCAAAAUGUGCUUGCUGGAAUGGUGCCGCAGAGAGAAGUUAGCACAGCCUGUGUAUGAAACGGUUCAGCGACCAGUGGAUCGCCUAUUCUGCUCUGUUGUCACCGUUGCAGAGCAAAAGUACCAGUCUACCUUAUGGGACAAGUCUAAGAAACUGGCAGAGCAGACUGCAGCCAUCGUCUGUCUGCGGAGCCAGGGCCUUCUUGAGGGUCAGCUGGUUGAGGAGAGCCCCUCUUUGCACAAGCGCAAGCGGGAGGCCCCUGACCAGGAUCCAGCACUGCCUGGAGAGCUACGCAAGAAACCCUUUGCGGCCUUGGAAAAUGGAGAAGAGAGCCCCCUGGAAGGCUGGUGACUACGACUGUCCCUGCUCUGUUGACUCACUUCAUUGGUCUAGCACUAAGAUGGUCUUGGGUGCCAGAGGAUGAACCAGAUGCCACUGGACAAUUUGCUGGCCUUUCCUGGCAGGAGUUAAAGGUCCAGGCCCAGGACAUUAGCCUGAAGCACAGGCCAAGGAAUAUCUCAGGGUGGAUCCUUUCAUUCCUGGUGGGUCUGAGUUAUAGGACCAAGUUUCCAGCAACCUGAAUGUAUUUUUGAAAACAGGAAGCUUUUCAGGUAACACAUCCUCAACUUGACAUUGGUACAGUGCAAUAAAGAUAUCUCCUAACCUCACCCAUGGCUGGCUGCUUCAGCCUUGGGCAUCUUCAAACAUAGACUUGUGGUCUGCCAUAAGGA